AAAAGAUUCAGAAUGCUUUAAAAUUCAGCUCACUGUGUUUGAAAGCGGUCAGACGUGGUGUGCACAGUAGAGCGGGAAGGAAAGUGGUGGUAAACCGUCAGAGGAAAGUAGAACAUCUGGAUUGAUUUUUGGAGCAAUCCUUCUCAGACUAGAUACCAAAUGGAAUCAGAAGUCUCAGGACCAACACCCCCAGCCUUUUCCACCAAUCUUACCAAUAAAAGCCAAUGUCCUGAAUCAGACAUAUGGGACUGGUUGUACACCAUGCAGCCAGUAUACAUGUUUACCAUCUCUGUGCUUGGAAUCCUGGGAAAUGUCUUUGUCCUGCUAGUAUUUUGCCUCCACAAGAAAGCCUGCUCUGUGGCAGACAUAUAUCUCGGUAACCUGGCAGCAGCUGAUCUACUUCUGAUGUCUUGCCUCCCUUUCUGGGCCAUCACUGUGGCCAGUAAAUUCGAAUGGCAGUUUGGCUCCCUAAUGUGUCGUUUGGUUAACACAGGCAUGAAACUGAACAUGUACUGCAGUGUUUACUUUUUGGUAAUGGUGAGUGCUGACCGCUAUCUGGCGCUGGUAUUUGCGCUGACUUAUGGAAGAAUGAGGCGGCCCUGGUAUGCCAAGCUGAGCUGCUUGGCUGUGUGGAUUUGGGGAAUCAUCCUGAGUGUCCCGACACUUACCUUCAGGGAGGUGAAAUACAUCUCAGAGUACUCAGUCACUGGCUGCAUACUGUCCUACCCCAGCUACACAAUGGAACUGGCCUGUGACAUUCUGCUAGUCCUGCUGGGCUUCAUCAUCCCUGUAAUUGUCAUUUCCUACUGCACCUGCAAGAUCAUAAAAGCAUUACACUGGCAAGUAAUGGACAGGUUGCACUCAGUCAAGAAAGAGAGGAAAGCCACAGCGCUGGUGCUGGUUGUUCUUCUGGCUUUUCUGCUGUGUUGGGUUCCUUUUCACCUGGUAACCAUUUUAGAUAUCCUAAUGAGACUUAAUUUGUUAAGUGGGUGUCCACUAGAAAGUGGCCUGGAAAUCUGUAACCAGAUAUUCACAUAUUUGGCAUUGAGUAACAGCAUGCUCAAUCCAAUCCUUUAUGUAAUAGUUGGCAAAAACUUCAGAAAGAAAGUGAAGGAGCUCCACUCAUCAACAUGGAAAACAUUUGCAUGAUAAAAAGCAGAAAGUAUUAAUCACUCAACAAGAAUUUGCUUGUAAAAUAUAUAAAACCAAAGCCUGAGUGGGAACUGUUUUUAAUUAGUUAGGUAAAUGUUUGUCAGUAUACUGUAUAUUUCUUAAAGA